AUGGAUUUACAAUGGUUUGCCGCUGGAGCUGGGGCAGUUGCACUUCUUUUCAUUUUCUACCAUUUCAUCAGAGUUCUUCUCAAUAUUCUCGGACCUUACGUCUUCUCUCAACCGAUCGAUUUGAAGAAAAAAGCAGGAGCACCGUGGGCAGUUGUGACUGGAGCCACUGAUGGAAUCGGUAAAUCGUAUUCUUUUGAACUGGCGAGACGUGGUUUCAAUAUAUAUCUUGUUUCUCGUACUCAAUCAAAACUGGAACAAACGAAAAAAGAAAUUCUCCAACAGUAUUCUAAUGUAGAAGUCAGAUUUGCUACUUACGAUUUCACGAAUCCCUCUCCAGCUGAUUAUCAGAAAUUGUUGGAUAAACUGAACGAAGUAAAUAUUGGAAUUUUGAUUAACAAUGUUGGAAUGUUCUUCGAAUACCCAGAUGUUUUGCAUGAAAUUCAAGGAGGAAUUGAGACUCUUGCCAAUGUUGCUGUUGUCAAUAUCUUACCACCAACUUUGCUAUCCGCUGGAAUUCUUCCGCAAAUGGUCUCUCGUAAAGCCGGAAUCAUUGUGAACAUUGGGUCAGCUGCUGGCGCAGUUCCAAUGGCAAAGUGGUCUGUCUAUUCAGCUUCAAAGAAAUAUAUUUCAUGGCUCACAGCAACUCUUCGCAAAGAAUAUGGACAUCAAGGUAUUAUCUUCCAAACUAUUACUCCAUUGAUGGUUGCCACUAAAAUGGCUGGAAGUCCGGAUACCUCAUUCUUCUGCCCGACUAGCGAUGCAUUUGCUAAAUCUGCACUGAACACAAUUGGGAAUUCAAGUGAUACAACUGGAUAUAUCACUCAUCAAUUGGAAUAUGAAAUGAUGAAUUUGAUGCCAGAAUUCAUCAUAGACAAAGCUGUUAUCCGAUCAAGUGCCAAACUUCGGGAGGCUGCUCUUGCCAAAAAAGAAGAGAAGUUGUUGUCUUAA